AUUAGGAAGUAAGGGAAAGAAAAACUCCAACCCUAAGUUUUUGAUAUCUGAUCUGCAAGUGCAUAUGCCAAAUCCUGAGGUUCUUACAGAGAACCCAAAAUCUAGAACAAGACGAAAACAAUUUAUUCAAUUUUCAAAUAAGCCCACAAUUUACCCACAUAUAUACAUUCAGAUCUUCUGUCUAAUCUUUUCUGGUUUCUCUCUUUUCAAGACUUUCAAGAUUUAAACUUUUUAGGUUAACAAAAAAAUUGGGUGCAGAGUGAGAGAAAGAGGGCCAACAGAAGAAAGGUGGUUAAAGACUCAACUAUAUACACAUACUUAUAUAGAUAUAGAUAAAGGUGGAAAGAGAGAUCAUGGGUAGGGGGAGAGUGGAGUUGAGGAGGAUUGAGAACAAGAUUAACCGGCAGGUGACAUUUGCGAAACGAAGAAAUGGGUUGCUCAAGAAAGCCUAUGAACUCUCUGUUCUGUGUGACGCCGAAGUUGCUCUUAUCAUCUUUUCUAACCGUGGGAAGCUCUAUGAGUUCUGCAGCACCUCCAACAUGCUCCAAACACUUGAAAGGUAUCAGAAGUGCAGUUAUGGUUCUCUGGAAGUCAACAGUUCAACCCAAGGUCUUGAGGAAAGCAGCUAUAGGGAAUAUUCAAACCUGAAAUCUAAAUAUGAGUCACUACAACGAUAUCAAAGACAUCUCCUUGGAGACGAGUUGGGACCUCUAAAUAUCAAUGAUCUUGAGCAUCUGGAGCAUCAACUAGAGACAUCCCUCAAGCAUAUUAGAUCCACUAGGACUCAGGUUAUGCUCGAUCAACUUUCUGACCUUCAAGCAAAGGAAAAGAUGAUGGUUGAGAAUAAUAAAGCUCUGGAGAGGAAGCUUGAAGAAAUUUACGCUACAAAUCACAUGCAGCAGCAAACCUGGGGUGGUGGUGACCAAAACUGUGCAUAUGGCCAGCAGCAUCCUCAAUCCCAGGCCUUUUUCCAACCUUUGGAAUGCAAUUCUACUUUGCAAAUUGGAUACAAUAAUCCUGGAUGUUCAAGCCAAAUGACUGGUAUCAAUACAGAGGUCCAGAAUGUGAAUGGAUUGCUCCCAGGUUGGAUGCUCUAAAUUUCUGGUGCAGACUUUCACCAGCAAUUAUCCUAAAUUCCUAAAAAUAAUAUAAUGCAAUUGUAAGACUUCAUUUUGGAGUACUGUUAAACAUUUACUCGUUGACUUAAACGAAAUCGAGUGUAUCUACAACUUGUUAGAAAUGCACAUGAUCUUUCUGUUUGUUC